ACGGAGGUGGAAAUGUGAAUCAUCAUCCUCUUUUUCCGGGACGUGGUUCCAUGGGCAUUGCCUUUUCCCACCGGUGGGCCCAUGCUAAAACUUUAGAGAGUCUAUAAGGGAGGGAAUAAUUUAGAAAAUACCCCGUACAAAAAAAAGAGGGUGGGAAUCAGAAUAAUGCCAGUCCGGGAACUCAACGGCAGAGGAGCUGACGCGGAGGCGGCGGCGGUGUGGCGGCAGAUCAGAGAAGAGGCGAAGCGGGACGCCGAAUCGGAGCCGGUGCUCGCCAGCUACCUACACUCCACCGUCAUAUCUCAUUCCUCCUUGUUCCGCUCCCUCUCUUUUCAUCUCGGCAACAAGCUCUCCUCCUCCACCCUCCCCUCCGCCCUCCUCUACCACCUCUUCCUCGACACCUUUUCCUCCCCCGCCGACCCGUCCCUCCGCGCCGCCACCGUUGCCGACCUCUGCGCCGCCCGUUUCCGCGACCCCGCCUGCAUUUCCUUCUCCCACUGCCUUUUGAACUACAAGGGCUUCUUGGCCAUCCAAGCCCACAGGUUGGCACACAACCUGUGGCUGCAGGACAGGAAGCCAGUUGCCCUGUCCCUGCAAUCCAGGACGGCGGACGUGUUCGCGGUGGACAUACACCCGGCGGCAAGGAUAGGGAGAGGGAUGUUACUAGACCAUGCCACCGGAGUGGUGAUCGGAGAGACGGCAACCGUCGGGAACAAUGUGUCCAUGCUGCACCACGUCACGUUGGGCGGGACAGGGAAGCUUUGCGGUGGUGGCGGUUGCGGGGACAGGCACCCGAAAAUCGGGGACGGAGUCUUGAUCGGGGCGGGUGCCACCAUAUUGGGGAAUGUGGAGAUUGAUGAGGGGGCGAAGAUCGGCGCCGGAUCGGUGGUGCUCAUCGAUGUGCCGCCGUGGACCACGGUGGUUGGAAGUCCUGCUAGGGUAUUGCGCGGGAAGGCACAGCCACAUGUUCAUGAAGAUCGUGUUCCUCUCGAGUUCAUGGUAUAGUUUUUUUUUAGAGCACAGAUGGUGAAGACAUAUAUAUAUAUGCCCUGGUUCACUCUCGUCUCCCUCCCUCCAACAAUAAAGUUCCCGUUCACUA